AUGAAAGAACCAAACCUACCUCCUCGGGAUACUAUCCCCAGCUCCUCCUUCUCGUCAUUGAAGCAGUUACGAUUUCUUAUCAUCGGCGCCGGCUCUCGGGGAAACGCCUACGCCCGCGCCGUCACAACCGUAACACCGGGUGUAAUCCACGCAAUUGCCGAGCCCCACGCAUUCAAACGGCGCGAUUUUGGAAGAAAAUAUAUAUGGGGUGCACAGGAAUCCCCCCAAGAGGGCCAGGAAUUCACCGAUUGGCGCGAAUGGGUGCAGUGGGAACUCGAACGACGGAAGCGGGCGACUCAAAACGACGAAAACACAGCAGACACAAUCACAACUCCCCUGGGUGUAGACGGAGUCUUCAUAUGCACACUAGACGAAACACACGUCGAGAUACUACAAGCUCUCGCCCCGCUCCAGCUACACAUCCUCUGCGAGAAGCCACUAGCUCUCUCGCUGGACGACUGUUUAACAGUAUACCGAGCCCUCCAACCACCCGAAGGCCCAAACAACACCCCGCAAGCCCCAAAGAAGAUCUUCUCAAUCGGUCACGUCCUCCGCUACAGCCCGCACAACAUCCUCCUCCGCAAGCUCCUCCUGACAGACCGCGUAAUCGGUGAUAUAGUCUCCCUAGAACACUGCGAGCCAGUAGGCUGGUGGCACUUCUCGCACAGCUACGUCCGAGGCAACUGGCGACGUGCAACAUCAGCAGGCGACGGCUCCCUCCUGACAAAAUCCUGCCACGACAUCGACUUCAUCCUCUGGCUCCUCUGCUCCCCGCCCUCCGCCGAAAAAGCAUCCAAACAAGCCCAGCACCCGCACUUCCCGCGCUCGAUCUCCUCUGCCGGAACGAUGACACAGUUCCGCCAAAAGCGCAAGCCUGUCGCUGCAGGCAACGCAACAAACUGUCUCUCCUGCCCCGCUGAACGUGACUGUAACUACAGCGCGGUUAAGAUAUAUAACGACCGCCACCUCGCGACAGGUCACACAGCUUGGCCGGUUGAUAUCGUCUGUCCGGAUAUCGAAGAUGUGUUCCGUGCGCAAGGCGGCAAGGCUGCCGAGUCGCUGCUCCUCUCCCGUCUCGCCGAAGACUAUGACCGGGAUACGGUGUUGGACUCGGAUAUCGCUUCGCGACCUUGGUACGGGCGGUGCGUCUACGAAGCUGAUAAUGACGUCUGCGACGAUCAGGUUGUGACUCUUGUUUGGGAUGAUGAGGAGGCGGCGCCGCAUCGACUUGCUAAAACGGCGAGUUUCCAUAUGAUUGCACCCACGGAGAAACAGUGCGAACGUCGGGGCCGGGUAUAUGGUACUACUGGUGAGAUUUCAUAUGAUAGUAGAACGAUUUCUGUUUAUGAUUUUGCUACGGCGAAGACUGCUGUUUUUGAUGUACCGAAGCCGCCGCCGGGACAGAAUGAGUCGCAUGGUGGUGGGGACUUUGGGCUUGCGAGGCAGUUUGUUAGUGCCGUUGAGGCUGUUGAGGGGGAUUGGAUGUUGAGACAGCGCAAACGAGAUCUGGAGGUCUGA